GUCCGCUGUGCUUCUCAAUGGUGUGCUGGGCUCGCCAUAGUCCGCAAAAUUGACUCUGAACCAGUCAAAUUUGUGGCGAUUGAGGGGCAACGCCCGUGUGAGGGAUGCACAUUUAAGAUUUCGCCCACCCCCACCUAAUCUACCUAAUGUCCGCCUCCAAGACCAAGGAACUAAGCGAAGAAGACCGCAGGAACAACAUCUAACUCGAGACUGUGAUGAGCUCAUUGCAGUCGUCGAAGCUGCAUGUUGGGAGCUACCACCGUCUACUAUCAAUGCCGCAUUUCUAAGUUUGCAAACGACAAUGAACAAGUGCAUCGAGGAGAAAGAUGGGAACGACUUUAAACCUGUUCACAUGGGGAAAGCUCACCUGGCGAAGUAGGGAAGACUUCCCCUCAGCAUCCGAUGCUCGACAGAUCCGUGCAACUUUUUCCAGACAGAGUAGUAUUAGUGCAGGCAACGUGCACUGUGGUUGCUCGGUCUUUAACGCUUUAAAUACAGCUUGA